UCCGGCUCCACCUCCCUGAGGACACAGUCUCGACAAUUUGCUACUUGAAGCUCUCUGUUCAGGCUCCGAUCUGUUAACCAUGCUUUUCUUUGGAAUUUUUUAGUGGUGGACGCUGAUGUAACUAAGCAUACACCUGGCGCAUCCCAUUACCUCUCCGAAGCGACAACGCCCCUUGCCAGAAGCGCUAUCCAACAUGUCUGAUAGCGGGAGCACGGCCGAUUCCACACAGAACGUCCAGCUUGCAACUGUCGACCGCCGACCCAUCUCCGUUGCUGUAAACCCAGUCGCGCUCGUGGUCACAGAAUGCAUAACCGUCACGUCUGCUAUGCGGAAGCAUGCCCGCUGGGCGCAUUCUUCCGUAUCCGCCAUCCUUGGGGGGUCUUCGAACAAGACCCCAGCGGUACAUCGGCGGGACAGAUCCGGGCAAGGAAUUGUGAGCGGGGGAGAGCAGGAGGAAGCCGUGCCCAGCAGAUGGGGCUUGAGGGGAAAGAAGGGGAAGAGCUUACAGGACAAUCCUCUGAUGUCUGCUUUUGCACGUCUGCGGAGCGAGCUGAAGGGCUGUAAAGAUAUCCGAACGUUUGAUACUCCGUCGAUGCUCCACCCCUUCCUCCAGGUUAUAAGAUCCUCGUCGACUUCGGCACCAAUAACUUCCCUCGCUCUAAUAGCUAUCACCAAGUUCCUCGCAUACAAUUUAAUCGGCCAUGACUCCCCUCGACUCCCAGAAGCCAUGCAGCUACUCUCGUCCGCCAUCACACACUGCAGAUUCGAGGCCAGCGACUCUGCUGCAGACGAGAUUGUGCUUCUGCGCAUACUCAAGCUCAUGGAAGGCAUGGUCUCCGGGCCCGGAGGAGAGGUCCUCGGCGACGAGAGUAUCUGUGAGAUGAUGGAGACUGGGUUGAGCAUGUGCUGUCAGGCCAGGCUGUCUGAACUAUUGCGUCGAUCUGCCGAGAUUUCGAUGGUGUCUAUGUGCCAGGUGAUAUUCAGACGGCUGAAGACACUAGAAAUCGAAUCGCCAGAGGAGCUUGCAGCACUAGACCAAGACCCGGAGGACGACAAGAUGGAUGCCGUCAGGAUGGAUCCAUCCGUGAAUGGAGAGAGCGUCGCGCCAACCAAGGUCGAAGAUCCUCCGCAUCCCAGCAGUUCAGACAAAAGCCAGGACGAUGUGGACAGCAAUGCUCCGAAUCCUGCGGGGUCCACCGUAGAUCUUCCAGCAACAGCAGAGCCUGAGAGUCCUGCUGAAAUCAAGCCUUACUCGCUGCCUUCCAUUCGAGAGCUAUUUCGAGUACUGGUCGACCUGCUAGACCCCCAUGACCGACAACACACUGACACCAUGCGUGUUAUGGCCUUGCGUAUAGUAGACGUGGCUCUCGAGGUUGCGGGCCCGUCGAUUGCAAACCACCCGAGUUUGGCGAAUCUGGCCAAGGACACUCUCUGUCGGCACAUUUUCCAGCUGGUCCGGUCGGAGAACAUGGCGAUUCUAAACGAGUCCCUUCGAGUUGCCGGCACUCUUCUGGCAACUUGCAGAAACGUACUCAAGCUCCAGCAGGAGUUGUUUCUGUCCUACCUAGUGACCUGUCUAUUCCCACGAGUCGAGAUUCCAGCAGAACCUGGAAUCGAGCCGUCUUUGUACGAGGGGGUCCCGCAAGCACCGAGCCUCAUCAAACCUACGCCGUCACAGGCGAGCAAUAGCAGCGGCCGAUCGACUCCAGUACCUGUGAAGGACCGACAAAGGCUUGGCCUUGAGGGUGGUGCUCGGAAACCUGAUGCCCGGGAAGCCAUGGUCGAAAGCCUAGGUGCGCUAGUUCGAAUUCCAUCAUUCAUGGCCGAGCUGUUUGUCAAUUACGACUGUGAGGUCGACCGUGGAGAUCUUUGCAUGGAUAUCGUCGGGCUUCUAUCACGAAAUGCAUUUCCCGACUCCGCUACAUGGAGCACCGUGAAUGUGCCUCCUUUGUGCCUAGAUGCGCUUCUUGGCUUUGUGCAGUCCAUUGCAGAUCGACUAGAAGACUCUCCCGUCGCCAACGGCUACCCUGAUGCCAACGCACUACGCGAACAGCGAGCUCGGAAGAAGGUCAUAAUCAGAGGAGCCACCAAGUUCAAUGAGAACCCAAAAGCAGGCAUCGCCUUCCUCGCUUCACAGGGCGUCAUCGAAGAUGUCAAUGAUCCUCGGUCCAUUGCGGAGUUUGUUAAGGGUACCACAAGGGUCGACAAGAAAGUGCUUGGAGAAUUCAUAUCCAAAAGGUCUAAUGAGCAGAUUCUGAGCGCCUUCAUCGGCCUAAUGGACUUUAGCGGGCAGCGGGUGGACGAAGCUCUUCGGCAGCUGCUGCACUCUUUCCGGCUCCCUGGUGAAUCUGCACUCAUUGAGAGAAUUGUGACGGAAUUCUCAGACCAAUAUUGCGCAAAAGCCCAGCCCGAAGGCGUUGCCAAUAAGGAUGCGGUCUUCGUUCUGACCUACGCUAUUAUUAUGCUUAAUACGGAUCAACACAAUCCAAAUAUGAAGCAGGCACGUAUGACUGUGGCAGACUUCGCAAAGAACCUCCGGGGUGUGAAUGAUGGGAAGGACUUCGACCCAGAUUAUCUCCAGUCCAUCUUCGACUCAAUUAAGAAUCGGGAGAUAAUUCUCCCUGAAGAGCAUGACAACCGCCAUGCUUACGACCACGCUUGGAAAGAGCUCUUGAUCAAGGUUCAGUCAGCCACAGAUCUUGCGAUUUGCGAUACCAACAUCUUCGAUGCGGAUAUGUUUGCAGCAACCUGGAAGCCAAUCGUAGCCACGCUCUCUUACGUCUUUAUGUCAGCUACAGAUGAUGCGGUCUUCUCUCGUGUGGUCACUGGUUUCGACCAGUGUGCUCAGAUUGCAGCGAAAUAUGGAUUAAGCGAUGCGCUCGAUCGAAUCAUCUCAUGCCUCUCGUAUAUCAGUACACUUGCGCCUGAUAUGCCGCCAAGUACGGCCCUGAAUACUGAAGUCCAAGCCGACAAGAAGAGCGUGAUGGUCAGCGAGACAGCCGUCCGCUUUGGGCGAGAUGGCAGAGCGCAAUUAGCUACCGUUGUGCUGUUCCAAGUAAUCAAAGGCAACGAAGCUUCUAUACGGGAUGGAUGGAAUCAUCUUAUCCACAUCAUGAUGAAUCUCUUCGUCAACUCUUUACUACCUCCCUAUUUCCUAUCCUUCCAGAAGACACUCGCCCUCCCUCCUAUCCCUCUUCAAAGUCCUGCACAAAUCAUCGAUCGCGCUGAACGUCCUGCUGAUACCGGGAUCUUCUCAGCGUUGACAUCUUACGUUUCAAGCUUCGCCAACGAUGAACCCCCAGAGCCCUCAGACCAGGAAAUUGAAUAUACUCUAUGUACUGUAGAUACGGUAAAGGAGUGCCACUUUGAAGACAUCCUUGCGAACAUCAGUCAACUUCCUGUUGAGUCUCUAAGGUCGUUGCUCUUAUCACUCCUAGAGCAAAUACCGGAAGAUGGUUCACCGCGAGUUAUCGUCGUAAAACCAGAGCUUCCCCAUCCAAACAGCCCAAGACCAAAUGGCAACAAGGCAAAACUGAAUCGACCAACGUACGACCCUAGUCUAGUGUUUGUACUUGAAUUAGCAACUGUGCUUGCGCUUCGAGACGAUGAAACUGUACAAGAGCUAGCGAAGGAUGUUACGGACUCAUUGCAGAGCGUCAUAAGAGAUGCGUCUAAACUGCACCCUGUAGUGAUAGCUCGGUCUGUCUACUACCUCCUGAGCCUGCUCAAGGCUAGCAACGAUUUUGACUUCAUUCGAGCUCCCGUCAUCCUGCACACAUUCUCGAGCUUCGACCAGGAGCUCCUAAAGCAAUGCGCACAGCCCCUGUUGAAGGGUCUGUCUGAUUGCUGCAAGGGUCCAAUUGGCCUGCGCAGUGAACUAUCCAGCUCACCCGACUUCUGGGCAAUCCUCAAUACUUUGCAUCCUGUGCCCGAAGCUGCUGGCGAUGUUUUUCAGCUCGUUGAAGAUCUUGCGACCUCAGCACAACCUGGAAUAUCUGCCGACAAUUACGAAGCUGCUAUUGCACUGCUGAAUGAAUUCGCGACCGCAGCCCAAGUGGGAGCACUUCAAGAGCAGCAACAUGACCAGGCCAAUAGGCGAGGAAAAGCGCCAAAAGCCAAGAAGCCAGAGAGCAACGAGGUUGUUGUCCGCGGCAGCAAAGCAAUGACUAUCAUCUACCAGAUGUCGGGCAGGGUGCCUAACUUUAUCGAGCAGUCUCACCUGGAGCCAAAUGAAGCAUGGACAGCCUAUUGGUCCCCAAUAUUGAGAGCACUAACACACCAGUGUCUUAACCCAUGCCGCGAGAUUCGACAACAGGCUUUCGGAGCACUUCAACGUACCCUCCUAUCCAACGAACUCGCAUCUCCAGACCACAAGGAAUGGACGGCGAUUUUUAGCGAAGUCCUCUUCCCUCUAAUUAAUCAGCUACUCAAACCAGAAGUGUAUCAAUCAGACCCGCUAGGUAUGAGCGAGACACGGGUACGGGCAGCAACACUAUUGUGCAAGGUGUUCCUGCACUAUCUCGUCUUGCUAUCUGAGUGGGAUGGCAUGCUGGAUCUAUGGCUCAAGAGCAUCACCAUCAUGGAUAGGUUGAUGAAUAGCGGUCAGGGCGAUAACCUGGAGGAAGCUGUGUCGGAGAAUCUGAAAAAUGUGUUGUUGGUGAUGUCCAAUGCGGGGUUCCUGGCUCCGCCAGACGAGAAACCUGAGCAAGAGGAACUUUGGAAUGAGACGUGGAAGCGCAUUAAUAGAUUCCUGCCAGACUUCUUCUCGGAACUGUUUCCAGAGGACGCAGAGAAGCCAAACGCGGAGGGGAAGUCGAAGGAAGAACGGCCGAAGGGGGCGGAGGAGAAGAAGCCGGAGACAUGAAACGACUUGACGGGUUUUAGGGUUGAAGACGGGGGCGUUGGAGGCCGAGGCAGAAGUGGGUUGUCUGUCUAGGUCGUAGGAUGGGGAUGAUUAUUAUUGGACACGAGGAAUGUUAAUGUCCGUCACGGAUGAAACACGGCCUUCGCGGUGAUUGGCCCGACUUCACGAAGUAACAUCCUUUGCCUUGUUUCGG